AUGGUGAGGUGUUUCUUAGCUCUUGUAGCAGCUAAAGGAUGGUUUUUGCAUCAAUUGGAUGUGAAUAAUGCGUUUCUACAUGGAGACCUAGAUGAAGAAGUCUAUAUGACUAUGCCUCCUGGUUUUGGCAGCAAGGGGGAGAAUAAGUCAAAGGCAGAUUACUCUCUGUUUACAAGGCUCCAAGGUUCCUUUUACAUUGCUCUUUUAAUCUAUGUUGAUGAUGUUGCCAUAGCCAGCAAUGAUCCUAAGGCAGUUGCAGAUUUUAUCAUUCUCUUGAAUGAUAGGUUUAAGUUGAAGGAUUUAGGACCUUUGAAAUACUUUUUAGGACUAGAAAUUGCUAGAUCCAUUGAUGGUAUUUCUGUAUGUCAACGAAAAUAUGCAUUAGAGAUUCUUGAAGAUUCAGGACUACUUGCUUCCAAGCCUGUCAGUUUUCCAAUUGAGCAGAAUUUGAAGUUGUCAAAAGAUGAGGGUAUUCUUUUAUCAGAUUUUACUUCUUAUAGAAGGUUAGUUGGAAGACAUUUGUAUCUCACCAUCACCAGACAAGAUAUAGCAUACUCAGUGCAAAUCCUAAGUCAGUUUAUGGAUAAACCUAGACAAUCUCACUUGGAUGCUGCUACUAGAGUUUUGAGAUAUGUUAAGAAUUCUCCUGCACAAGGUCUUUUCUUUUCAGCAAAAUCUGAUUUUCACUUAAAGGCUUUCUCAGAUUCUGAUUGGGCAGGGUGUGUUGAUACUAGAAGGUCCAUUACUGGGUUUUGCAUCUUUAUUGGUGAUUCAUUGAUUUCUUGGAAAUCCAAAAAGCAACAGACUAUGUCUAGAUCUUCUACUGAGGCUGAAUAUCGAGCCAUGGCUUCCACUUGUUGUGAACUCAUGUGGUUGUUUUCUUUACUUAAAGAUUUUCAGAUUCCUCAUCCACAUGCUGCAUUACUUUUUUCUGACAGUCAAUCUGCCUUACAUAUUGCUGCGAAUCCAGUUUUUCAUGAAUGGACUAAGCAUAUAGAGAUUGAUUGCCAUCUCAUUAGAGAGAAAAUUCAACUGGGACUUAUUAAAACGCUGCAUGUUUCUUCUCAAGACCAGUUGGCGGAUAUUUUCGCUAAGGGCCUUGGAUUUAAGGAUUUCAGCAGGCUACUCUUGAAGAUGUCUGUCAAGGACAUUUGUCAUCCUUGA